CCGCUCACCCACCACCUGCUAAAGCACACGCCGGCGUCGGUGGGCCUGCAUGUGGUGCUGGUCAGUCCCAACGACGAGCUGCUGUGGGCCUAUGCCACGGUCCGCGCCAUUCUGCCCGACAUGUUCGGCGACGCGAAGGUCUUCCUCCCCCUAGCGCCGGGCUUCGCCAAGUACGGGGCCUCCAAGUUUGAGCACGUGGUGGGCACGGCGCAGAGCCUGGACUCCGAGACAAACUGCGUGGUGGUAUCGACGAAAGCCAACGAUCAACAGCAGCGGACCAUCGACUACGACACCCUCGUCGUCGCAACCGGCCCCUCCUUCAAGGAAGCCAUGCCCUUCAAGAACCUAGCCGACACGGCGACCACCAAGAACGAGAUCCACAGUCUCCGAAACAAGAUUGCAGCGGCGCCGUCCAUCGUCAUGGCCGGUGCCGGCCAGACGGGCGUCGAGGUGGCGGGCGAGCUGGGCCAGGAAUACGGGCUCGCGGGGACAAAGGAGAUCACGCUGACAGCCGACGACGCCCUACCGCUGGGGCCCGAGGCGCGUGACGACGUGCGCCGGACGGUGGGCCGCAACCUAGCCAAGCUGAAAGUCAAGAUUGUGGCGAGCACACGCGUCCUGGACGCCACGACCACGCCGGCGGGCAAGCAGUCCCUGGCGCUGCGGACCAGCAGCGGCAAGAACAAGACCAACGAGACGGCGGACACGGCCACGACGACGCUCGAAACGGACCUCUUCAUCCCCGCCUUUGGCGUGCGGCCCAACACGGGCUUCGUGCCGGCGGCCAUGCUCGCCGCCGACGGCCGCGUCAGGGUCGACCGCGACACGCUGCAGGCGAGGGGCCACGCCGACGUGUUUGCCCUGGGCGACGCCGGCAACGCCCAGACGACCAACGGGAAGCACGCCGACGCGCAGGUGCGUUUCCUGGCGCCGGCCUUGCAGGACUGCCUGGCCCGGCGCACCGCCAUGCCCACCUAUAAGGCUGACGAUACCUUCGUGUUCGCCGUCACCCUCUGCCGGUACCGCGGCACCGGCCAGUUCGGCAGCUGGCGCUUAUGGGGGUGGAUUAUCCGUCUGACUAUUGCCGAGCACUUGGGUACCGACAACGCGCCUGACAUAGCGGCGGGGAACAGGACCAUGACAGAGUUGAAAUGGUAG